AAAACCAAGAAAGUUCAAGUGCCAUUUGAAAUAAAAGCACCUUGGGGACACCCAAGCUCAGAGAGCACAAAGGACCUCAAAUUUAACCCUGAGCUAGAAACAUUCUCUCCUAUCAAUAUUGGUAAUUGAUCUCCAGUAUAUGCGAUAGAUUCCAGGUUGGUGAAGUCUGGUGUAUAACAGUGACCGUUUUUACAAAAGAGUGCAGAAAAUGCAUCAAACAACGCCCUUAAGUAAUGCUAUAGGGAAUCAGAUUUUGAGAUGCCUUUUCAAAUCAAUGGGGGGGAAAAUCGGUUUUCUUAACUCAGGUAUAGAAGUGCUCCUGGAUUUUCUUCACUUUAUAGCUGGCUUUUCCAACAGCUCUACUACAAACUACGGGUUCUGUUUGGAAAAAAAAGGACCAGCAGCAGGAAAAAGGCACAAUUGUAUUAUAGAAGGGAGAGCUUCAUCAUCUAAGUGAUGUUUGUGCUGACGGCUGUUCUGCUCGCCAGAGAAUUGAAUCCCUGCUAAGCAGUUGCUUGGAGCAUAAUUGAUGUUUCCCAAUCAGGUCAACUCCCAAAUGUGUAGACUUCAACACCAAGACUUCUCAGCAAUCACCACGAAAAUUGCCCAGAUAGGAAAAUCUUCUUCUAAAGACCCUCCCCAGUCCUUCCUUUGAUCUGGCUCUCCCUCCUUCAGUCCCUUUAGAGCAUCUUACAACCAAGAGUAUCCGGUUGAAGAAGGAUAUGAUGACUUACUUGCAGUUACAAGAUAAAUGGAUGACAGGUUUCCCAACCUCAAAGCAAUUUUGCUUACAGUAUUGGGGAUGCCUCAGUUUAUUACAGAAAGAGUGCAGUCUUGGAUGCUGGAGGAGAUGAUGUCUAAACAGAGUUCAAAUUAAGAUAUUUUGCAAUUAAGAUAUUUUGCAAUUCAGUUACUCUGAGUCCAGGAAUAUGGAAUUGGCUCAAAGCCCCCAGGAACCCAAAGGUAGUAAGAAAAACAACAACAAUGCAGUGAGGUCAGAAAAGCACAGAGAGUACAGCUGCUGGCUAGAGUUCACUUAAUUUUUCAUGGGAAUUUAUUUUGAUGCUGUAUAAAGAUUGGAUUAGCAGCACUGACAGGAAUCAGGUUCUAGUGAAAGCUUCCUGCUUUCAGUGCAAUUCUCCACCCAUUCUCCACCGCAUUCGUACAUUUGGCCAUUUGUAGCAUCCUUACUCAGUCUUUUAGAGAUAUACAUAGAACAGCAGAGCAGAGAGUCUGCAAAGUAAUCGACUGCCCUAGAGUCUUGCAGGAGCAAGCAGAAUGGGGUUUUAUCGGUUUUUCUGGACGAUCGCUUUAGGACCACGUUGCCAAACUCCACCUGUGAUCUGAGGAACUAGCAUGCUUCCCAAAUAUUACAAGGCAGUAGGUGAGACCUUGAAGAAAAAGUGGCUGUGGCUUCAAAAAUGCAAGCUGAUCUUUGCCUUGGGGAAAGGCUCUAGGGCGGCAGAUAAGGCUGUUGCCAUGGUGAUGAAGGAGAUACCGAGGGAGGAGUCUCCGGAGGAAAAACCCCUCCUUACUAUGAAAUCACAGCUUGUGAAUGAGCAACAAGAAAGCCGGCCACUUCUGAGUCCUUCCAUAGAUGACUUUCUUUGCGAAACGAAAUCGGAAGCUAUUGCACGUCCGGUGACGUCAAAUACCGCAGUUCUGUCAACAGGUCUGGAUCUCCUGGACCUCAGUGAACCUGUUUCCCAAACCCAAAGCAAAGUGAAGAAAUGGGAGAAUUCCUCAAGAGGGGAGAGCUUGAAAGGGUCGACCCAUAGAAGGAAGACUGAAAAACCAGAUCUUAUCUAUGUGGACACUGAACAGAAAAUCCAACCACUCAAGGGUCCAGAAAAAUCAUUGGAUUUAGUCAAUAUCCAGGGGCAACUAGAAAAAUGGGAUGAAGUCAAGCAUCGUGGAGAAAGAGCUGGCAAAGCUUCUUCAGGUCCUGAGAGAAGAUCAUCAUCUUCUAAAGUUCCAUCAAAAGAAUUUGUGUGGUUGGCGAAAAACAGUUCACAGCCUGAGCUGGCCACCGGUAAAACCACACUGGAAUCUAUUUCAGCCACAGAUUUAGAAUUAGACCCUGCACCAAAGGGCCAGUCAACCAAAGAGCAAUGCUGGGGAGGACCUCUCUUAACCCGAAAUCAUUCCUUGGAAGAGGAAUUUGAACGCGCUAAAGCUGCUGUUGAGUCAGACACAGAGUUUUGGGACAAGAUGCAGGCAGAGUGGGAAGAAAUGGCUCGCAGAAAGUGGAUUUCAGAAAGCCAAGAAACAAAAGGACAAGUGGCCGUCUCCAUUAAUGAGAAGGGUUAUUACUUUCACACUGAAAAUCCCUUCAAAGAUUGGCCUGGUGCUUUUGAGGAGGGACUAAAAAAAUUGAGAGAAGGAGACUUGCCCCUCACCAUCCUAUACUUGGAGGCAGCUAUUCUCCAAGACCCACAUGAUGCUGAGGCCUGGCAGUUUCUUGGAAUAACCCAAGCAGAAAAUGAAAAUGAACAGGGAGCCAUAGUUGCCCUCCAAAGGUGCUUAGAGCUUCAGCCAAACAACUUGAAAGCCCUCAUGGCCUUAGCCGUGAGCUUCACAAACACUGGCCACCAGCAAGAGGCCUGUGAAGUCUUAAGAAGCUGGAUCAAACAGAAUCCCACGUACAGAUUCCUCUUCCGAAGCAAGAAAGGUUCUCCGACAUUGGCCAGGAGGAUGUCAAAGACAGCUGAUGAAAGUUCACUGCUGGAAGAAGUGAAGGAGUUGUUUCUUGAAGGAGCUCAUCAUAAUGGUGAAUUGAUUGACCCAGACUUGCAGACGGGACUUGGAGUGCUCUUUCAUCUGAAUGGGGAAUUUAACAGAGCAAUAGAUGCAUUCAAUGCUGCCCUCACUGUGCGCCCAGAGGAUUAUGCGUUGUGGAACCGUCUAGGUGCAACCUUGGCAAAUGGCGAUCGAAGUGAAGAAGCGGUAGAAGCCUACACCCGAGCAUUAGAAAUUCAGCCUGGCUUUAUCAGAUCCAGAUACAAUUUAGGAAUCAGCUGCAUCAACCUAGGCGCAUAUAGAGAGGCAGUGAGCAACUUCCUCACUGCUCUCAAUCUGCAACGAAAGAGUCGGAAUCAGCAGCAGGUGUCUCAUCCGGUAAUUUCAGGUAAUAUUUGGGCUGCUCUCCGGAUUGCGUUGUCUAUGAUGGACCAGCCGGAACUCUUUCAGGCUGCUAACGUGGGUGACCUGGAUGUGCUACUGAAAGCGUUCAACAUCGAGUCUUAACUACAAUUACUCUCAGUCCUUCUCGCUCACCUCUUCCAAAUGAAUCAUAUAAUCCUCUACAAUAAGAGAAAAAAACUCAUUACAUUUGUACCUGGAACACCCAACACCAACAGAAAUGAGUUGGACUUCUUUCCAGUGUGAAGGUUCUGCAGAUCCCACCAGAUCUUCAGAAAAAGAAAUGUUCACAAGCACAACAUUUUGUAAAUACCACCUGAUGGGGCUUGGAUGUUCAUGGUGGAAUGAAGAGAAGAACAGCUAUCUUGAUAAGUUAACAACACUUCCAGAAACAACCUUGCUUGCAUGUUCUAAACAACACCCGUAGGUACAAAGAAAGGAAGGUUGCCUUACCAUGCUACAGAGACUCAAGAGCACAUAAACCAGGGAUAAAGGGCAAGUUUUCUUAAAGACUUCUUCUGGUCCACUGGAUCUGCUGCCCUGGACCCAGAGCAUCAGUGGAGAAAAUUGGUAACUCAAGGUUCAUUUUCCACAGAUGUGAUCUUCAGUAUAUGUGCAUGUUAGAUAGCUGUGUUUUCUCCAUAAAUGUAUUAAACUGGCAGAUACCUAGGGAUUUAAAUUAUAUUAGCCGAAUUCUUAUUCUGAAAGCUGACCCUGUGAACCCCGUUAAACAGAGUUCUCACGGGAUUCCAAAACAAUUUGUGCAUGUCAGAUAAUAUCUAACAGGGCUGUGUCAUGCAAUUGUAAAUUGCUAUUUGCACUAGAUGUUGGGGUACCGAUGAGUAGGGCUGGACCUAACUGGGCACCUUAGACAGGUAUCUGGGUGCCCUCUGCCCCUUUUCUCUUUCUAGAUCCAAACACCACACAUCGUGACAUUUGACAGCUAGCUUAUUUCAGGAUAUUAGAUUUCAGCUGUUUCAGGUGUUUCUGAAGUGCACUGAAUAUUGGGCUGGAUAUCACUUGUAAUUUAAGAAUGCCAGAAUGUACAGAUAGUCCUCGACUUACAACCACAAUUGAGCCCAAAAUUUCUGUUGUUAAGUGAGACAUUCGUUAAGUGAGUUUUGCCCCACCUUACAAAGUUUCUUGCCACAGUUGUUAAGUGAAUC